CGCGUCCUCCGUGUGUGUGUCAGGCUGACGCUGUUGUUCUGAUGCCCGUCUGAUCGUGGAAAGUACCGGUUGAAGUAGUAGUUGCAGUUGAAGUAAGGGUCUUCUCUUUUUCUUACAACAGUAGAGUUAGCCGAUUACUUUGAGUGUGUUGUAAUUCAUAGUCUCAGAUUUUAAAAUCAAAUGAAUUUCCUUUAAAAAGAGUGAUGAUAUCAGCAGAAAGACUUUAGAAUUCAUAAUGAAGGGAGAAAAAGAAAAGAUGCAGCCUUAAAAGUAUUUUCUUCUGAUGCUCAUCGAGUUGCCUGAGUUCAGUUGUCCUUCGUCACAUAUCUUAUGUGUUGUUGAAGGUGCUGUGGACAGUGGGAUGAGGAUCAUCAUCUUAGUGUUGACCUGCCUAGGGAAAUGCUGCCUGUCGUCAAACAAAGUUCAGCAACAUGUUUUAUUGGGGAGUACAACAGCUAUAAACUGUGGAAGUUUGAAAAUAGAUUUUACCGAUGAAGUCAAGUGGUUCUUCAGUAAAGACCAGGACUCUAAACAAUUGUUAUAUCGCAUAAACAAACAAGGGCAAGUUCUUCUCCACUCACAGAUGAAGGGCCCAAAAAGGACAGUUGCAAACAAUAGGUCACUGAUUAUCAAAGACUUUAACGAAGAAGAUGAAGGACUUUAUACCUGUGAAGUAGGCCUAUGCCAAGGCACGUCAUCAUGCGCCAGAGCCACAUCUGAGUGGAUUUUAGAAAAAAAGACUCCACCAUCAAAGUGGUGGUAUGCUAUUAGAGGUCAUGGCUAUCAACAUGAAUGUCCAGGUGUGAUCGGCAAGGCUGUUCAAUGGACCUUUCAGCCAUUGAAAGGGGAAAUAAAUAGACAAUAUUCUCAAAAUUCCUCUCUUGUCUUUACCAACAUUGAACACCAUAUGGCGGGAAAUUACACGUGUUGGAUUAUAUCAGAGAAUGGACAAGAAGAGAGAGCUUUUUCAUUGAUACUUUGCAUCGUCUCUGGCACUUCCGAUGAAAGGGAAUCGCUGCAGAACUGCACUAUUCUGUGUAGCAAACACAGUGAUGCGGAGAAGUUAGAUCCAUUUGUUGUGGUCACUGACAGAGUGAAUAUCACUGUAUACCACAAAUCAAAGAGACCAGAUGGACUGGUGGACUGCAUUGUCACUUUUAAAGGUGGUGUGCAUAAAAAUGACACCAUUCAAUCAACUACUUCAGAGUACAUAACAAAUGCCCCUGGCAUGGACAUGGAAAAUGAGACUCAUUCAGAGAAUGCAGCACCGUUUUCUCCUGGCAUUUCCCAAGCUGCAACGUCAGUAGGGAUCAGCUUAACUGUCUGUUUAGUUUUGUGUUGUCUGGUUGCUGUGUCGGUUGCGUGUCUCAGAAGAAGAAGAGAAUCCAGCAUUGACUGUCUCAGAAAUUGCCAUUGUCAUGGAGUUCGUCAUCCAGAUAACUCCAGAUUAGAGGAUGAAGUACUGUACAUUUCAAUGCCGUUUAGAAGAUCUGAUGGAAGUGUGUUGAGAUCUGCAAAUGAAUGUGUGUACAGUGAUAUCAAAGUGCAAAAUGCAAAAUGACAUAUUGAUUUUGUUUUCUAUGAUGAUGCUGAAUCCUGUGAAGUUUCAUGCUUCGUGACUAUUUAUUGGAAUAAAUACAGAUUGCUGCAUUCACCACAAGAAACCUUUGUUCUGCAAUGUUUAUCAAUGUUUAUUUGCACAUGUUCAUGUACAUCAUGCUCAAUAUUUUUACUGUUGUUGAGGUCACUAGCAUUAACAACCCCCAAAAAAACAACACAGCCAGGAGAAUAAGAUCAUCUUCGUGCACUUCAUCUCUCUCUUUAUAGACAGACUUUGCAGUGUAUAACCACAUUAUCAAAAGGUCACGCUAGGCACCUGAGAUGGUUCAGAGACUUGGUUUCAUUUCCUUUUUAUGCCUGUGUAUGUUUACUAUGCAUCAGACUGUUUAAUGUUGCUAUUUUAUGUCUAAUGCAACCGGCCAUUAUAACAUAUGCAGCUCAUUUAACAUUUAAAGAAAUUAAAUUAAAUUAAAUUAAAAAGUAAU